AAGUUACAUAGGACAGUGGGCUGGUCCUGGGGGCUUUUGUGGGGUGGUGGGGAAUCUGAAGAACACCCUGGCUUCUACCAUCAUGGCCAAGAGGGCAGACCUGAAGAAGACAAUCCUGCACAAGAACUACAAGGCCGUUUGCCCGAAAUUGAAGCCAGAGACAACCAAAGUAAGAAGCGUUUUUGUAGCCAUGCCAACAGACAGGCCUGAGAUCCGUGGGGAGAUGACUUGGAGUCAGGGGUCAUUUUCUGUUCCUGGUGGCCAAGAUCUCUCCCAGACAUACAAUUUCAAAGAAGUUCAACACAAAGGGCCGUUUGCCAAAACAGGGAUGACACAGGAGUUAAAGAAUGAACUCAGAGAGGUGAGAGAAGAACUCAAGGAAAAAAUGGAGGAAAUAAAACAGAUAAAGGACAUAAUGGACAAAGAUUUCGAUAAGCUUCAUGAAUUCGUGGAAAUUAUGAAGGAAAUGCAGAAGGAUAUGGAUGAGAAGAUGGAUGUUUUAAUAAACAUACAGAAGGACAACAAACUCCCUCUUCAAAGAGGAUCAAGGGACCAUCACGACCACAGGCUGAUGGGAAUGACGGACAUCGACCCCCAGCUUAGGCUCAAAAGAGUGGACAGAGCGAAUAGAACAUCGUUGCCUCUUCACAAGAUGAUGGAACCGCAGAAACCAAAAAAGGACCCAAUGGAUUCAGUCCAUCAGUGCAGGAGCUGCUGUGAGAAAUGUAUGUUGUGUGCCUUAAAGACCAACUACAAUCAGGGCAGGAAACUUUCACACCAGACCUGGGAAUCGUCUUCACCAUUGGCAUCUGGGGCUGCCUUCUGAUGUAUCUGUGCCUCUUCCCCAAUAAGAUGGAAUAUGUGCUUCCAACGUAGCGUGGCUGCAGAGUCCACCAGCAACUCUGCUUCAUCCUUUCCCCACUCCCUGAGCUGUACCAUAAGGAUUUGCUACCCUCUUUAACACCAUCCCUACCCAGGCCUCCACCCUAAGAUUAAAAAUCUCCUUUUAAAGCCACAA